ACAAAAUUUUGUAUAGUUUACCAUCUUAUGAAUAAUUACUUAGAAAUAUUAACUUUCAUUCAAAUUUAUAAUAAUGUCAACACAAAAUUUGUCAGAUGCUGAUUUAUACGGUUUAUUGGAAAUUAACAGCGAUGCUAACGAAGCAGAUAUAAGAAGAGCGUACCGUAAAAAAGCUUUAAAGUGCCAUCCUGACAAGAAUCCUGAUAAUCCAGAGGCAUCAAAAUUAUUCCAUGAGCUGUCUAAGGCGUUAAAGAUUUUAACUGACGGUGCAGCCCGCACGGCUUAUGAUAAACUAUUAAAUGCUAAAAAGGCAGCAGAACUACGCAAUCAAUUAUUAGACAGUAAACGUAAAAAAUUUAAAGAUGACUUAGAGCAAAGAGAACAGGAUUUCAACAAAAAGUCGUCUGGGUUGGAAAAAUUCACAGAUAGUUUUGAAAAAGAGUGUAUUCGCCUACGGCAGGAAGCUUCUAAAAUUUUAGAGGAAGAACAAAAGCUUUUAAAUGACAAAUUAAAGCAAUCUGCAAAAGGUUAUAAUAAUGAAGAAGUGUGUGACUCAACUCAAUGUCGCCUAAAAAUUAAAUGGAAAUCAGGAAAAAAAGAUGCUUCUAAUGGCGGUUAUAAUAAUGAUGUAUUGACUAGAUUUUUAAAAAAAUAUGGUGACAUAAUCGCUAUUGUUAUGUCGAAAAAAAAUGGAAGUGCAAUGGUGGAGUUUAACACAUUGGAAGCAGCACAAAUGGCUUUAUCUUAUGAAAAGGGAUUAUUGGAAAACCCUUUAAAAUUAGAAUGGAUAUCACCGCCUUCAGCAUUAAAAACAAAUUCAUGUACUGAAUCCAUUUACGAUAAUGAAGACUUGGUAUUACGAAAAUUACGACAGGCAGAAGAAAGGAAAUUUCUUAUACAGCAGAUGCAAAAGGAAGACAGUACGAACGAGUGUGCAUCAGAUACUCCAUCAAAUGAUGUUUUGUUAUCUUCUACAACGCUCACCUAUGCUGAUAUCAAAUCGAAGCUCUUUGCAGGACAUUAUACCUUACAAUUCAGUAAAAGAGGGACCAGUAUGGUAUGGAAAAUGUUCGGUACAAUAAAAGAUGAAAAUGGUGCCGAAAUUCCUGACCUCGUAGCAUGCAAAAUAUGUUACAGCGUUAUGAGAAAUCAAGCGAAAUAUACAUCGAAUUUAACAAAGCAUAAGUGCUACAGAACUAGUAAAGAAUAUUUGGAUAAGGCGAAGUGUGAUGUUGAUUAUGACACGAAAAAAAAAGCAUCUCGUAUUGUUACAGCAUGGGCUGUACAUAAUUGUCGAUCAUUCAAAAUAAUUGAGGAUAAUGGUCUUAAAAAAUUUACUAAGUUUAUGAUAUCAAUUGGUGCACGUUACGGAGAUAAUAUAGACCUCGAUAAAUUGCUGCCAUCUCCCGUCAUGAUUUUUAAAAAUAUAAAUAAUCUGUAUAAUAACUGUUCGGAAAACAUUAAAACUGAGCUCCAUGAAAUAAAUGAUUCGGGAUAUGCAUUAACAUCAGACAUUUGCACCGACAAUCAUUUAAAGGUGACAUAUGUAUCCAUCACAAUGCACUACAUUAAAGAAAGCACUUUAUUUAAAAGAUUCAUUGGAUUGAAAUCUACAGAACUCGAACACUGCACAAAUGAACGAAUACGAGAAAAAAUUCAGGAAGCUUUGAUGGAGUUAAAUUGCGACCUCAACAAUGCUAUUAGUGUAACAAAUAGGAAAUCAAAUAUGAUGGGCGUAUUCAGCACAUAUGAUCAUAUUUCAUGCAUUAACCACUUACUGCACGACGUUAUAGAGAAAUCGAUUCAAGAAGUACCGGAAUUAAAAGAAAUGUGUGAUAAAUGUGCAGAGUUUGUUAAAUAUAUCAAAAAAUCAGGAGUACAUUCUGAAUUAGCAAUCUCCUUGAAGAGAUUUUCUCCGACGCGUUGGAACAGAGUAUAUUAUCUCCUAUAUUCGAUUGAAAACAACUGGACGGAAAUUAAAAAUAUAGUACUAGAGAAUAAUCUGCUUCACGAAAUUAAUGAAAUCACUAUAAGUCUAAUAACUGCUGUUUUAAAAGUACUCAAAUUUUUUGAAGAAACGUCUAAACAACUGGAAUCAGAUAUAAAUCCCACAUUGCAUCUUGUGAUACCACAUGUAUACCGAUUAAAACGAUUGUGUGUAGUAAGUAAUGAAGAUUGCCAAACCAUUAAAGUUUGGAAAGAACAUCUUAACUUAUUACUUGAAACAACAGUGGUAAAUAAUAUAACAAUUUUUCACAAAAUAGCGUUAUUUUUGUAUCCACCCACUAACAAACUUACCCAAUUCAGCACUGAAGAGAAAAAUAAUAUUAAAAACGAAUGUAAGCGCAUUAUGGACUCAUUCGUUAAUAAUACCUAUACAAAGCCAUCAAUAGAUCUUUCUGAACAGAUACCUAACGAAACAAUUGAUUUGUUUAGUGCAUUCAUCGAAACACAAGAAGAUUCAAACGUUAAUGGAAAAAUAAACAGUGAAAUAUACUCAUAUGAGAACAUCAAAGGAGUGUUACCAAAUGAUUUUGAUGUUCUUCAAUGGUGGCAUUUGAAUAGAUCACAGUAUCCAUUAUUAUACAAAUUAAGUUGCAAGAUAUUUGCAACACCUGCAACUAUCGCCGCGUCGGAGGCAGCCUUGUCACAUGCUAGAAAUUUAAUAACUGAGAGUGGCUGCUCCAACUUCGCAACAGUUAACAAAACAUUGUUUAUACAUUACAAUAUGGAUGCAAUUGAAUUAUUUAACUUGACAAACAUUGAAUAACUUAUAAAUAAAGCUUGUAAAUAUUUUAACUA